AUGGAUGCUCUGCAUUUUCAAAAAUGGUUUGUUGAAGAGUUGCUACCGAACAUCAAGCCACGCAGUGUGAUUGUGAUGGAUAAUGCGUCGUAUCACAGUGCUCAAGUUGAAAAAGUGCCAAGUUCAUCAUCAAGAAAAUCCGACAUCCAGUGCUGGUUGAAAUUGAAAAGUAUCCCUUUUUCAGAUGACCAACUGAAGAGUGAAUUGCUGCAGCUCGUUAAGCAGCACAAGCACAUGUUCCUUCCUUACCAGAUUGACACACUUGCCAGCGCUGCCGGUCAUGUGGUUGUGCGCUUGCCUCCUUGCCACUGCGACCUCAAUCCAAUAGAGCUCGUGUGGAGCCAAGUCAAAGGCUAUGCUGCUUCGAAGAACACUGACUUCAAGAUCGAUUCAGUCGAGAAGCUGCUGCUGGAAGGAAUCGCAGGUGUGACCCCGCAGAACUGA